GUUCAGCAUGGUAGUAAUUAGUAUAUUUAAACAAAGGCGCAGCGAUGAUAUUGAAGAUAAUAUUAUAUUUCAGUUGCCAUUGUAUUUCAGGUCGUCGUCACUUCAGGUUGUGCAUUAAGUAACGAGCAUUUAUGCAUUGAAUCCGCGAAAUAAUUCAAAAGGAGAUGUGAACACAAAAAUACAAAUAUUCCAAGUCAUUGCUGAUAAUAAAAAAUGUUAUUACUUACCAAAAGGCUGGAAUGUAAAUAAAUGCUCUUUUAUUCUAUGAAGAAAAUCGACACAGUGUUUCUUAUUUAAAUUAGCAACAUAUGAUUUGACGGCCAUUUCCUGUCAAACAAUCGAUUUCCGAGUAUUACAUUGAACAUACCAUCAGUACGAUUUGAUACACAAGUUGCAGAGAGCAAAUUAUAUAACUACAAUAAGAUAACACAUUCAGAUUUGAAAUAUACCAGUUCUUCCAUGUAAAAAUUCUUGACAUUUCUUCAGUGUAUCUCAAUCUAAAAUGGCAACACUUGUUUAGUCCAGAGAAGAAAAGUAAAAUCAGCAUAAAUCCAGAAAAUUUUCUUUAUUUUUCCAAUUACAACAAAAUUACCUCAUUGCUAAAUACUAAACGUUAAACUGAAAAACUUAAAAAAUUCUAAAUAAUCGUGUAAAAAUGACUGGCUCGUUUAGUGUUAAAAUAAAAUCGAAGAAAGGCCAAUUCAUUGUGAAGGACUUGACUGCUAAAACAACAAUUGGCGAAUUGAAAGUAAAAGUUUCACAAUUAACUGAAGUCAAGGAACCACAGUUGCACAUACUCGCUGGUUUUCCACCUCGUCCAUUAGAUUUAUCGCAAAAUGCACAUUCUAUAUCCACGAUAGGAGUUAGCAGUGGUGAAACAUUAAUUGUCGAAGAGAAACCAGCAAAUACAGCCGAUUAUUGUUUAGAAGAUGACGAAGCCCUUGCACGUAGAUUACAAGCCGAAGAAGAGGAAGAGCAACUACGUCAAGUAGUCGCAGAAGCUACAAGGACAGAAGGUGCCAAUGGUCCACAAGCACCCGUUGAGCUACCUAGUGGUUCGAGCGGAAAUUUUAAUGGAAUUUUACUCAAAAAGGUUGUGCCGGCAGAUAAUUCUUGCCUUUUUACAAGCAUACGUUUUGUACUAAAUGGCAAAGUCGACAAUGAAGGCAGUGAAAUGAUGCGACAUAUUAUUGCUCAAGUUGUAUCUGCUGAUCCACAAGAAUUUAACGACGCUGUUUUGGGCAAGUCAAACUCGGAAUAUUGCGCAUGGAUACAAAAACCUGAUUCGUGGGGAGGUGCAAUUGAAGUUUCAAUACUCUCCAACUAUUAUGGCAUAGAGAUCGAUGUUGUAGAUAUACAAAAUGCAAUUAUUAAUCGUUUCGGUGAGGAUAAAAAUUAUGGACUACGGGUCUUCCUACUUUUCGAUGGUAUACAUUACGAUCCCUUAUACAUGGAAACAGUAGUAGGCGGUGCACCUGCUACUAUAUUUCCAAUCGAGGAAUUGGGAGUGUAUCAUCAAGCGGAGCAGUUAGCUAACGAAGCUAAAUCAUCAAGACAAUUUACCAAUGUUGAUAAAUUUUCUCUGCGCUGCUUGCAGUGCGAUGUUAUGUUGGUUGGUCAAGUGCAGGCACAACAACAUGCAAAGUCGACCGGACAUACUAAUUUUGGGGAAAUUUAAUACGCCGUAAUAUUUAGUUCGCUCUAUUUCUUCGCUUUCUUCGUAUUCGCCUAUUACGUACUCACAUCCUAAGACUCACAGAUUGAAUAAAAUUAUCUAAGAGAGACCAGAGGCAAACGAAGGGUUGUCCGGUUUUCUUAUCAUUUUCACAAAAUUGUCAUCAUAGCUGCGUUAGAACUUCACAUCGCAUGACAUUACUUAUUUUUUUAAAGAAAUUGUUAAUUUAUAGAUAUUUGUUAACCCAGUUUAAAUCGGCAAAAUAAUAAUAUUUUGAACGUUUUAUAAAACGCUAAGCUAAUCAAAAAAGUAGCAAAAAUUUGCUUCAAGCCAGAAUUUUAAGUAUAUUUAAGAUGUUUAAAAAUAGUUUGAAAUUAAUAACAAAUUACUCUGGAUUGCAAAUAUGUAAUACCCAAAUGUAUUUAUGCUUUAUUUAACUAAAAAUCGUUAUUUUUCGCAGCAUCA